UAGCGAGCAGCAGCAGCAGCAGCAGCAGCAGCCAGCGACCAGCGACCAGAGACCAGAGACGCAAGACGGGGAGGAAACUGUGAAAUCUCCGAAGUGUCGUACUCGACGUUUCUCUUUAAAUACGUUUCCCCAGUUGAACAGAGAAGAGCAAUAAGCUGACCGCAGUCAUGUACCUGAAGGUGGUGUUUUUCGCUGUAGUUGUGGCUCUCAUUGGCGCAUCAGCCGCAUCAGACUCAGAUGGAUGUUCCGGCCUGUCAUGUGCUUCAUGUACAGCCAAUAGUGCCUGCGCCUGGGUCAAUUGCACAUCAUCUUUUGGCUGUUACAACAUGACUCUUCAGGCAGGAAACGACUCUUGCAUCAACACUACCUGCUCAGCUUCUCCAACUACAACAGCCGAGAUUACAACUGCCUCUGCACCUAUGACUACUUCCCAUACUCCUGCAACCCCCACUUCCCAUGCUGCCUCCACUGCCUCUAACAGCAGCAGCAGCGCUCAGCCCACCACAGUCAACUCAACCAUCAUUACCCCCACUCAGACUAGUAACACCUCCGCCGCUUCUUCCACUGCUACAACUGGAACCAGCACAAGCACCCCACCAAUUGCCCCAACUCCUGCCCCUCACAAGAACUCAACCUUUGACGCUGCAAGCUUCAUUGGUGGAAUAGUGCUGGUUCUGGGCCUGCAGGCUGUGAUCUUCUUCCUCUACAAAUUCUGCAAGUCCAAGGACCGCAACUACCACACCCUUUGAAGCAGCAUCUCUGUUGGAUCCACAUCACUCGACCCGUCCCCACCAACUAGAACCUUCCAGAGAAGACUUCCUCACUCAACACGCACUCAUCACGACAAACUCAAACAGUGUUUUCAAGCAGGUUUUUAAAAAAAAUUUUUUUUUUGAUGUCUGUGCCACCUGCGGCCGGCAUUAGUGCUGUAGUUGUAGUCUGAAUUUAAGGCACCCACGCAUGCCUGUAUGUGUGCACAUCGCACCAACUUGUAAAAUGAAACAAAUCUCUAGUGAUAUGUCAUUUAAGCCUUGAGCAUAUGGAUUACAUCAUCUGGUAGCUACUCCCACCUCCAUCAUGCUGUUAGGCAUAGCUCCAAAACCAUUUUCCAGGGAAUUGAGGGGGCUGGUGUUAUUUACAGCCCCUCUCCUCACCACAUGAAAGUCAAAGAAUUAGUCGUGUAUACAGAGUAGCUUUCAUAUGAAGCUUGGGAGUAGUACAGCUGCAAAGUGGUUGCAUUUACAGCAUUUACAGCAUUUCUUUUUUUUUUUUUUUUUUUUUAAUCUUGAUUUGGAAACACUGUUUGAGUUAACAGCUAUUCUCAAAUGUGACGAUUGUGAUGAUUCAGUAUUGCUUUUAGCCUGCUGAAUCGUGGGCAGGUCCCCCCCCCCCCAUGCAGCUGUAUUGUGUGUAUGUGUUCAUAGAUGAUGUAAAAGAGGCGAGGUUAUUUGCGAGGGAAUAAAAGCAACACCCAAUCAUCUAAUGUCAGGCCCAAAAAAUAGCAGUCAUUCGGGUAAACAGUCUUAUUUUGAUGGGUGCCUCCCUCGGCAUUUAGGAGAGUGCUGUGUGUUUUCUGAUGUUGAAUUCCCUGGGGAAACCUAUUGCCGAAUACGAGUUGUUAAAAAAAAAAAAAAAAAAAAAAAAAAAAAGUCAAACACCGACUGCUAGUUGAGCAGCUCAAUGCAAUAAAUCAUGUAUUAAGUUCAUUUCCCAACCAUUAAUCUCCGAACUGCUAUUUCUGAGCUUUACUGACAUCAAAUAUUACCCACACAGAUUGCUAAUGUGGAGCUGUCCCUUCCUUUCUGUGGAGUAGUCAAAAAGGGUGAAAAUGAACGAUUGUAGAAUAUUUCAGAAAUAUGAAUAAUUCAUUUGUUUAAAUAAUUUAUAAAAAAAAAAAGAGAAUGGGGAGACAAAGAAAAUGGCAUGCACCUUUCGUGAUGUGGACAGUGAUAGCAGUGAAGUGCCUUUAAUGUCCAGUAUGACGUAAAGAGAGAAAUGGAAGAGGAUUAGUUCUUUCUUCCUGGUUGAGGCCCUGAGUGUUGUCAUUAGCGUAUGUUUGCGAGACAGAAACCGUAUCGCGGUGCUGAUAUUGGUGGACAGUGAGAUCCGUAGUAAUCCAGCUGGACUGAAGAGCCUUUCAUUGUUGAAAAAUACGGUAAAUAGUUGUCACUUGAGGGCCUUGAUCAGUCCGGAUUGAAGUUUUUCCCUAUAAGUAGAGGACUAUAUUCAGACCAUGAAACCUAUGGUCUUCUCACUGGCGACCUUGUAUAAAUAGGUAGUUUAAAGGUACUCUCCUUUUUGUAGCUCCUAAUACAGCUUCCAAAUGUCCUCCCGUCUCACCUCACUAUAUAUGUUUCAGAACUCAGUUGUAAAAUGUGUUUAAUUUUAAAACGUGAACAAUGAGCUGGCAGGAAAUUUCAGACCGCUGUUAGGUGCUAUAAAUCCGGUAGUGUACCUUGAAUGGCAAACAUAUUGGGCUUAAUUUAAAAACUUGAGUACUGGAGAGUGCAUUGAGGUUCAAAAUGUUGACUGUUUUGAGUGCUGGUUUGUUCGAAUGAGCAUUGCACCUCUGAUUUUGCCGUGUACAUGAGAAGAUUGCGAAUAGAGUGCAGAAUUGCAACAACUACGUGGCCAUGCUAGAGUUCAUUGUCAAGUUCUCUAAUUAGCUUGCUGCUAACUGUGUGAUUUAGUUUUUCUUUUAGUUUUUUUAUUUGUCACUCCUGUACAUAGCCACAUCCUGUUUGUGUUUAUCUUCUUGGUUUCAACUUGAGGAAAGGCUAAAUGAAGGAGUGUUUAUCAGAACAUUUUUGCUUGUAGCAGCUUGUCAGUGUCAAGAAUGUUUUGUUUAAAUGCCUUUUUUUUUUUUUUUGUCAUUAUUGCAUGCUGGAUGCUUGGAGUUGUGAUUUUUCCUCCCAUUGCAUAUGCUCUUAAGGGUUUAGACACACUUAAAACCACUUGAUUAGUUGUGAUUAGCCCAUAUGCUAGUUGAAAGAAUGCCUUGAAACAGUGUGCAUUAAGCCAAAGUCCUCAGUUUUGGCAUGGAAAUUGAGCAUUGCACUGACAAGCUUUGUUUUGUAACUUUGUCUUUGUAAAUGUUUUAAUGGUUUCAGCCAAAAAAAAAA